ACUGUGUACUUGUAAAUUCUAAAAGGUUUUGUGAAAUAUUUUGCAAUUUAUAGCCUGUCGUUAUCUUAAACUAUAUUUGAUAAUAUAACAAUUCUAUGAUGGUCGAAAGGUGUCAUAAUAGUAUUAAUUAUGAGAAGGAUCAUAAUAGUGUAACAGGUAUUAAGGAAAUGUUUAAAUCCGAUAGUCAAGAACGGAAGAAAAGUUUUAAAGAAAUUCUAAAGGAUCUAGUCGAGUCGAGUUCCCUGCAUGGAGUUCCCAAGAUAAUAUCUUCACGACAGCUUGCCGUGAAAGCGUUAUGGUGCUUAUUGUUUCUUGGAACGUUUUCAGUUCUUGUGAUGCAGCUGUCUGGAUUAUUUAAAACGUUUUAUUCAUACCCGAUCCAAACGAGUGUUUCUCUGGAAUUCAAUUCAAUUAACUUUCCUGCUAUAUCCAUAUGCAACAUGAAUCCAGUAAGGAACUCCAAGCUGAAUAUGUCGGAGGCCUUACUGAAAAUUUUAGCUGAGGGUAACAAGAACACAACUUCAAGGAAAAAACGAAGUGUCAACAAGGAAAUGAAAGUGAGUGCUAAAGAUACUUAUGAGGAUACACCUAUAAGGAAAGCUGCAAUACUACACGAUGACGAUAAAACAAGUAGACAAUUAGACAAAGACAUGGGCACUUUAAUACAGCCAACACCUGUAGUUAAAGAUGACAAAUCAGAGCGCAUCAACAGUGGUUUACAUGAAAGAGACAUUUUCAAUUUAAAGGCUUCAAGACUGGAUCACGGCUUGUCCGAAAAGCAGCUUUCACCAGCUUUUCUAGAUAAAGAAGUUCGCCGACGUAAAAGAGUAGCUAUCUUGUCAUCAGUUACCAGAGGUUUACAAGACCCUUUAUCUUCAGUGACAAGCUCAUUGCCGUUAGCAGGUGUGUCACUAGUUUCAUCAGCAGGGAGUGCCUUGUCCUCAUCAAUUGACUCAUGGCAGUCCUGGUAUGACUCGACUUCCUCGUAUUACUAUGACUACGAGUGGUGGCUUUCCUGGAACUACUACUACCAGUACAGUAGUUAUGAUUACUAUAGUUACCAAAACAGUUGGAAUGAAUGGUCAGAUCCAAACGUCUACCUGUACUCACAGUUAUCUUCAAAGAAAGAUUUGUGGGAUGAAAGAGUAGAACUCUUCAGAACCGUUUUCAAAAAUGAGAGCAUAGAAAACAGACGACAGAUGGGCCACCAGAAAGAAGAUUUGAUAAUGUCAGCAUCAUUUGCUGGAUCUUUAGAAAAUGUGACGAAGUUUCAGAAUUUCACCUCCUCUCAAUAUGGCAACUGCUUUACUCUGUCAUCUCCGAGAUAUGUGGCCUGGAGAAGCGGUCCAUCCCACGGCAUCAAAAUGACAUUGAAUUUAGAGAUCGAUGAAUAUGUCUCUAACUUUUCCACUGGAUACGGUAUUCGUCUGGUGUUACAUGAGCCCGGAACCUAUCCGCUACCUACAGAUGAGGGCCUCACGUUGGGGCCAGGAACUGAGACGAAUAUUGGUCUAAAAUUGGUACGGUUAUCCAGACUAGGCGAGCCUUACAGUGAUUGUGUGAAAGGACUAGAGUUUGCAAAGCGUUAUAAAAAGAAAUACAGCACUUCGGCGUGUUACCAGUUUUGUCGUAUCAUAAAAACAAUGGAGGUAUGUAAGUGUAUACCGGUGGACGCCCCGGACGAUAUCAGUCUCAACUCCACAGCAUUACCUGUAUGCAACUCCACUAUUGUCUCUGAAAAGAUUUGUCUUCUAAACAUUGACAUUGGUUUCAACAAUGGAAACUAUGAAUGCGACUGUCAGGGACCUUGCAAAGAGGUCGUUUUUGAGAAAACAAUGUCUUCAAGAUAUUGGCCGACACAUGACUACAUGAAUGUUUUACUCUCAGAAAUCUGCGAGAAGAACAGUUCAAAAGAUAUCACUUACUUGAACGAUAUUUGUGAAAAUAUUGACAAUUUGACUUACGAGCAAUAUGAAAAGUACAGAAAUAAUUUUCUUCGGGUGAUCAUCUACUUUGAAGAUCUGAAUUAUGAAACAAUAUCUCAAGAACCCCUUUAUGAGAGCGUUAGAUUUCUGUCAGACAUUGGCGGGGCAAUGGGACUGUUUCUUGGUGCAUCUGUACUAAGUCUAGUGGAGUUUCUACAGCUUUUUCUGGAGAUUGUGCUGUACAUACGGGGUAGAGUGAUGGCAAAUAAAACAACAAAAGUUCAAGUGAUAAAAAACUAAAUUUGAAAGAUGAUAAUGUAUUGUUUAAGCAAAUCACUUUAUCAGCAAAGACUAUUCUAGAAUAAGAAUUCCAGAAGAUCUGAAAUUAGCAGCUUCACUGAUAUGCAUAUAAUAAAAUGAAUUACGUUAGUAAUUUCGAAUGUAAAGGAUAGUUUAAUACAAAAAACAAGGACAAAAGUCCAACAAGAAAAGUCACAUUUUAAGAAAAUAGUCGCCCAAAGAGCACUCCACAUGCAAAUGUGGGUACUUGUGUGACGGUCUUGUGCACUACGCAUUAUACUCCUAUUGUAGAGUUGUUUAGUUUAUUUGAGCCGUGCCA